GUUCUAUGUGUUCCAAUCUUACUUUACUGUAUUGGUUGAACAUUUUUGAAUUUGCCCUAACAGCAGCCACCCCACCAGUCCCGCAAGCAAAAUGGGAUUGUUGAGGGCUGACGGCGUCGUGUACAAGCCUGUGGAGCAGAUUGAUCUUGGUCCUGGCAGCAAGGAGUUUUAUAUCAAACCCAAUGUCAAAGCUCCUCGGAUGACUGGAUUUCUGCUUAAGAUCUUUGCCUGGUUCCUGGAGACAAGGAUCAUUGGAGCGUUGUUGUUGUACAUUUUGAAGAGGAACUAUCAAAUGCACAAGCUUGUUACAAACGCAAUGCUGGAAGAGCCACCUAUGUUUGUUCCCUUGCAUCCUUUUGUUGACCUUAAUGAACAAGAAGUCAAACAAAUUGACUCUGAUGCAUCUCCACCAGAACGAGUUCAACAGGCAAUAAAAUGCCUUCCUGUAACCUUGGAGAAGUCACUAGAUGAUUUAAAAUCCAGUUGCUUCCGACGCUGGACAAUAGCGGAUUAUUCAAGAGCCUACAGUUCUGGAGAAAUAACUCCAAAGAGGGUUGCAGAACAGUUUAUAGAUGCGGUGUGUGAAUCUUCCAGUCCUCCUUUGCUAAUGUCCUUCUUCAUUAACUAUGAUGCUGAAGAUAUCCUAAGGCAAGCGACAGAGUCAACUCUUCGGUAUGAAAGAGGGCAUCCAAUAUCUGCUCUAGAUGGAGUCCCGAUUGCUAUCAAGGAUGAAAUAGAUUGUUCUCCUUAUCCAACUACAGGAGGUACAAAGUGGCUGCCCAAGUUUAGACCUUGCACAGGUGAUGCAUGCUGUGUUAUGCGCCUCAGAGCCUGUGGUGCCAUAAUUGUUGGAAAGACUAAUAUGCAUGAGCUUGGAGCUGGAGUAAGUGGGAUAAAUCCCCACUAUGGGACUGUUAGAAAUCCCUAUGAUCCCAACAAAAUCACUGGCGGUUCUUCUAGUGGAUCUGCUGCAGUAGUAUCUGCAGGAUUAUGCCCCGUUGCCCUUGGUGUGGAUGGGGGAGGAUCUGUGCGGAUGCCUGCUUCCCUUUGUGGUGUUGUUGGGUUCAAACCAACUUUUGGGUGCAUACCCCAUGCAGGUGUUCUUCCUCUGAACUGGACACUGGGGAUGGUUGGAAUACUAGCAGGCACCUUAGAGGAUGCAUUUAUCGUUUAUGCUGCUAUUAGUGGCCAGCUUCCAUCACAUGAGCCAGCCACUUUACCUCCCAAAGUGCAUUUUCCGCUGCUGAACUCAACAAAUCCAAUAUCAAACAUCAAGUUUGCUAAAUAUGGAGAGUGGUUCAAUGAUUGCAGUGAUGAAAUCAGAAUAUGCUGCUCCAAUGCUCUGAACUUGCUUUGUCAGCAUUACAAGUGGAAGACUGUAGAGGUUACUAUACCAGAUAUACAAGCGAUGUUCCUGGCACAUUAUGUGACCAUUGGUUCUGAAUGCAGCACUUCACUGAGUUCUCAUCUGGAAAAGCUGGAUUUUGCAGAAAUAGGAUGGGAUGUAAGAGUAGCACUUAGGGUAUGUGGUUCUUUCCACAGCAAAGAGUAUAUGAAGGCCCAGAAAAUGAGGAACCGCCAGAUGCAGAUUCAUAACAAUAUAUUUGCCAAGGCAGAUGUCAUAGUUGCUCCAACAACAGGUAUGACUGCAUACUCCAUAUUUGAGGAUGCUCUAAAGACUGGUGAACUUAACAGCAUAAAUGGAGUUGCCCUUAUUCGAUAUCAGAUAGCGGGAAACUUUUUGGGACUACCCGCUGUGACUGUUCCUGUUGGUUAUGACAAAGCAGGUUUGCCAAUUGGCCUUCAAUUUAUAGGGAAGCCAUGGUCAGAAGCCACAUUAAUGCAUAUAGCAUUUGCAAUGCAGGUCUUGUGCAUCUCAGACUAUAGAAAGCCAAAGGUUUUCUAUGAUCUACUUCAUAAGAAUUGAGCAGCUCAGGCUAGGAGCCAACAAGAUUCUUGUGGGGGUAAUCAGACAUCAAAAUUAUUAGGAGCUUUCAUAGCUUCUUCUCCUAAUUGAAUGACCUUCUACAACUGACUUUCCUUGGCAUAUGGCGAUACACAGUAUUUUUUGUGUAAUUUUGUAGGAGUUGGGAGGUGUUGCCAUCGUUGAGAUAUGUCAUAAAUCAUUAGCUGCUGAAAGUUUGUAUCAGGUCAUUCAUAUCAAUAAACAGACUUAAUAGGUUCAGAUGUGUCUGUUAAAAGUAGUUGAGAUGGAGUUGAGGUUCGUGUGGAACUUGGUUUUGCGUCUUAAUAUUAUAAGGUGCAAUGACUGUGGAAAGCUACCUGAAUAUAGUUCUUAGACCUAAAUUUUGUAGACAUAAUUAAGAGUUAGGAUAAACAAGUUCCACAUGACAUGCUAAAUAAGUUUGUGUGUUUCCACUUGAAAUAUGGAGAACUACUUGUUGGAUCCCAAGAAUGAAUUUUUCUUCAGUUUAGAAUUAGGAAAUUAAACUACAAUUUACAAUCUAAUAAUAAA